AUGGUCGUCCAAGAACUCCACCCUGACUUGGUCGUUCCAGUGGCCUUGUUCUAUUUGGUGCUGCGGGGCCUGGAUACUAUUGAGGAUGAUAUGACAAUAUCUCUCGAGGAGAAGGAGCCAUUGCUGCGCAACUUUGAAACGGUCCUCGAUAAAGAUGGCUGGAAUUUCAACAAGAGUGGCCCCAAUGAGAAGGAUCGAGAGCUAUUGGUGCAUUUCGACGACGUGAUCACGGAGCUCAGGCUCAUUGACCCGAAAUACAGGGAUAUCAUAAAAGACAUCACAAACCAGAUGGGGAAUGGCAUGGCCGAUUAUGCCAGAUUGGCAGAGAACAACGCUAAUAGCGUCAACACGGUCGAGGAAUACGAGCUAUACUGUCAUUAUGUCGCAGGGCUCGUUGGGGACGGGCUUACGAGAUUCUUCUUGCAGGACGGCUUCGCAAGCCCUGCGUUGAAGAAUCAGCCUGAGCUCUCGGAGGCAAUGUCUCAGUUCCUCCAGAAGACAAACGUUAUUCGUGACGUCCGCGAGGACUUUGAUGACAAAAGGCGAUUCUGGCCCAGGGAAAUUUGGUCAAAGCACGUGGAGAACUUUGAAGACCUCUUUGACCCCAGAUACCGCGAAGUAGCUGUUAAUUGCAGCUCGGAGAUGGUUCUAAAUGCUCUGCAACACGCGGAGGGUUGCCUCACCUACAUGGAGGCGAUAAAGGAACAGGGCGUUUUCAACUUCGUGGGUAUUCCACAGACAAUGGCUAUUGCUACACUCGAGCUUGUUUUCCAGAAUCCGCGGGUCUUUGAGACCAAUGUGAAGAUCACGAAGGGUGAUGCAGCACAAUUGCUGAUGGACUCGUCACAAGAUCUGAGGAGAGUCUGUGGGGUCUUCAAGAGAUACGUUCGGCGCAUACAAAAGAAGAACAAUCCGAAGGAUCCGAACUACCUCAAUAUCAGUAUUGCUUGUGGCAAAGUUGAGAAUUACAUUGAAUCGAUCUAUUCUUCGAAAGAUCCGAAGUCUCGUGUUCAACUGGCCAAUAAUAGAGGAGUAGUGAUCGACAAAUCUGAGGCCAUUGAUGACAAGUCGAAGACGGAUAUCCCCUACCUCAUUCUUAUUAUGCUGGGAGCGUUAUUCAUCAUUUCUGCGAUAAUAGUUGGAAUUGUGUACUCAGCUGGAGUGAAGUUCGACGUGGUUCUCAAAGAACUCGCGAAUGGAAAUAUAUUCCCUAGCAAGGAAAUAUUUCUAGAUGUCCAACGAAUCAAUGUCAAUGAUAGAGGAGGUCCUCCUAUUGGUCACGGGGAGCUGAAAAUCUCAUAUGCUACUCUGAAGGUCUACACAGGUGAAAUAGCAGAUGACGAGAAUCGUGAGAUUAGCAUCUACAAGAAGUUCGAGCAGCUUGAUAGCUCCCACCCAGGUAGGAAAUAUGUUCGGACAAUGCUAGACUCUUUUGGCGUUCAAGGCCCUCAGGGGUACCAUCAAUGCCUCGUGCAUCGCCCUUUGUGGCAGAGCAUGUUUGAGCUUCAGCAUCGAAAUCCUCGGCACAGGUUUACAGAGCCGCUACUUCGCGCUAUGCUGCUGCAUCUGUUUGUAGCUUUGGACUAUGUUCACAGUUCUUGUCAUCUGAUUCACACAGACAUCAAAGCAAGCAACAUCUUGUCGGGUAUUGAAGAUGAAUCUAUACUCACUGCAUUUGAAGCCGCUGAAGCCAAUUCUCCAAGCGCAAAGGCCAUUAGACUUGAUCGCACCAUCUACGCUUCCCGGAAGCUCGGUCUCCCGAAGUCAUAUGGCCCACCCGUUCUCUGCGACUUUGGAGUAGCAAGAUUUGGGGAUGAAGUUAAUAAUGAAGAUAUACAGCUAGGGGUAUAUCGUGCUCCUGAGGUCAUCCUGGAGAUGGAUUGGGGCUACCCUGUAGAUAUUUGGAACGUUGGGGUGAUGAUCUGGGACCUGUUCCAGGACAAACACAUGUUUGAUGGGCGCGAUCCAAGCGGCAAAUACUCAAAUCGCUAUCAUCUUGCCGAGAUGGUAGAAUACAUGGGUACACCACCAGUAGAAUUCCUCCAGCGUAGCGAAGAAAGCUGGAGGUAUUUCGACAAGCAAGGACAACUGCUUGACCCCCCUGAUAUUUCAGCCUCGUCGCUCGAGAGCAGCGAAGAGAAUCUCAAGGGUCGGAGAAAGGGGCUAUUCCUCCAAUUCAUGCGGAAGAUGCUGCAGUGGGCACCAGAGGAUAGAGAGAGUGCGGCGGGACUCCUGCAUGAUCCCUGGAUGAAUGAUGAGGUGGAAUGAAAGCCAUACUCGACGACUGUGGCCAGCGAAAUGACGAUUCGGCCAAUUCUGGAAAGGGG